AUUUUCAAAUCAAUUUUUGCAUUUGAAAAAAAGCAACCAAAACAACAAUGGAAUCCACAAUUAAUAAACAAAAUAAACAUUUCCAUAAACGUAUUACUAUUUAUAUGGAUAUAAUGCCACAUAAUGAAAAACAAAUGGAAAAAUGUCAUUCACAUCCACAUGGCAAGGUUUUUGCCCUGCCAAACAAUAUCGAUACCUUAUUAACGAAUAUAGAGGAAAAAUUUCAAAGUAAAACGAAGGAAAAUUCAUCAUUAAAAUUAUUUACAAAAAAUUUUGGUGAAAUUGAUGAUAUAGAUCUGAUACGUGAUGAUGAAAUAUUAUAUGCUUGUUAUGUGAAUAAUCAAACUGGUGAUAUAAUGACGGCCAAAUGUUUGUGUAUGAUUCCUAUGGAAAACAAUGAUAACAAAUCGAAUAAACCAUCGAUUUGUAAUGAUAAUAGCGAUUAUAAAAGUACAAAAACAACAAUGAAAACAAAAUUGAAUGAUGAAUGGAUAAAAUUAAAUAUUGGUGGUAAAAUAUUUACAACAACACGUUCAACAAUUGUAGCCAAAGAACCGGAUUCAAUGUUGGCUAAAAUGUUUGAAACAUUUCAUUUAGAUAAUGAAAAUUUUAUUGGUCAAUCAUCGAAACAACAACAACCAACGACCAAAUCAAUAGUACAAAAUAAUGUUUCAAAUGGAGAAUUUGAAAAAAAUAACUGUGAUGAAAAUUCAACAACAAAAAUUGAACAAAAUUGUCAAAAAAUUAUCAAUGAUAAUGGUAAUGGUAAUGGUGAUAAUAAAACAUCUUGCAAUGCAACAACAACAAUACAAUUAUUAAAUGAUAAUAAUAAUACCUGUAUAGUACCAUCAUUGAUUGAUGAACAAGGUGCAUAUAUGAUCGAUAGAAGUCCAGAAUAUUUUGAACCAUUAUUAGGUUAUUUACGACAUGGUAAUCUAAUUAUUGAUAAACAUUUAAAUCCAAUGGGUGUAUUGGAAGAGGCAAAAUUUUAUGGUUUUUAUUCAUUAUUACCGGAAUUGGAAGCAACCGUAUUACAAGAAUCACUAUUACAGAAUACAAUUGAACGUUUAAUUGGUUUGGCACCAUUAACCCGUAAAGAUGUUGUCAAAGCAAUUAUACAAACAUCAACAAAUACACGUUUAAGAUUUCAAGGUGUUAAUCUAACCGGUGCUGAUCUAUCCAAAUUAGAUUUAAGUAAUAUAAAUUUUAAAUAUUCAAUAUUACGUGGUGCAAAUUUACAAGGUGCAACAUUAAAUAAUUGUUGUUUGGAACGUGCCGAUUUAUCUAAAUGUAAUCUUGAAGGUGCAACAUUAAUCAAUUGUCAUAUGGUUUGUUGUAAUCUUGAAUAUUCAAUAUUACGUGGUUCGAAUAUGGAUUCACCAACAUUAACCGAAUUGACUAAUCUGGAAGGUGCAAAUCUUAAUAAUGUUAAUCUUGAAGGAUCAAAAAUGCAUCGUGUAAAUUUAAGGAUUGCAUCAUUAAAAAAUGCAAAUGCACAAAAUUGUAAUCUUGAUCAUUCAUGUUUAGCUGGUGCUAAUCUAGAAAACUGUGAUCUAUCCGGAUCCGAUUUGAAUGAAGUAAAUUUACGUGGUGCAAAUCUAAAAGGAACUCGUUUCGAUCUUAUACAUACACCAUUACAUAUGUUUUAUUUGACUAGUUAAUAAUGAUGGUGAUGAUAACAACUACCUACUUAUAACAACAACGAAAACCAAGAAUUUGUCAUCAAAGAGCCAUCAUAUCCAUGGUUUAUCAUCCAAUACAUUGAUACUCAUUAUUGAUUCCAAAUUUACAAUUAACACUUGCUUGCGCACACCACAUUCACAUCCAUAUAUACACAUCAACACAUACAGAAUUCAUAUGUAGCAUUCAAUAAUUAACAAAAAAUUUAACUAUUAAGAAAAAAAAUACGGAAAUUGUCCAUCAACACAUCAACUGAAU